GGUCAUGUUGGUACAACGGCAACCAAAAAAAUUGAUGUCUACCUCCCACUGCACACAAGCCAAGACAAACUACAGCCCAUGACAGUUGUGACGAUAGCAAAUGCCAAGGUGCAUGACCUGAUUGGACUAAUAUGCUGGCAAUAUACAAGUGAGGGACGGGAACCAAAACUGAAUGACAACGUCAAUGCCUACUGUCUCCAUAUUGCCGAGGAUGACGGUGAGGUUGACACAGAUUUUCCACCCUUGGAUUCCAAUGAGCCCAUUCACAAGUUUGGCUUCAGCACUCUGGCGCUGGUUGAAAAGUACUCUUCUCCCGGCCUGGCAGCAAAACAGUCGCUCUUUGUUCGCAUGUGA